AAGUCACCAAAUUCCAAUUAACCUCAAAAUAGUUUCUUUCAAAAAAGCACCGAAAAUCUCGAAUUAAUAAUGGCAUUAGACUUUAAAUCGGAAACGGAUGUAAAAGAAUUCCUCAAUAACCUCGGUAUUGAAUACCGUUUUGGUUGUUACAGCGAAAAAAACCCGGAAGUGUGCCACUUGCUUGGUGAUUACUUAGAGGCGGUCAAAAAAGAUUACGAAAAGGCCGUGAAAGUUUAUAAAAGUAAUUGCGAUGAUUACAAAUACGGAAAAAGUUGUUUAAAAUUUGGAUCGUACGCCCUCCUAGGAAAAGGGGGUCAAAAAGAAGAUUUUAAAAAAGGAUACGAAUACUUAAAAAAAGCUUGCGACGAUGGAAUCCCCGAGGGGUGCUUACAUGAAGGAUUACUUUUAUUAUCACAUUCUGAGAAAUGUGGGAUCGUGGAUGAUCCAUCGAAAGGAAUGAGACUUUUAGAAAAAGCUUGUGAUGCCGAUAACGCACACGCUUGUUAUUACGCGUCCGGUUUUCACAUCAGUGGACUUAAAGAUGGUAAAAAUAAUGAAAAGAAAUCACAAAAAAAUGAUUCUGAUAAAUAUAUUAUCCCAAAAGAUAUGAAUCAAGCCUAUAAAUAUGCUUUGCAUGGUUGUAAUUUGGGAAAUGUUUAUUGUUGUAUUAAUUUGAGCCAAAUGUAUUCAAAGGGAGAUGGGGUUGGUAAAAACGCGGAGUUAGCUGAAAAAUAUAAAAAAAUCGCAUUGGAUAUGCAAAGUGAGAUUUUAGAAACUAAUAAGACUCUUAAUUUUCAACAAGGGUUGUAAUUAUUUGGUGUUUUGUAGAAAAUUGUAGUACAAAAUGAAUUAUAUAUAUUAA